AUGCCUGGGAUCGACCGUGAAACUGUGCAGGCCUGGCUGCCUCGCAUUGCUUUGAUUUUGGCUUUCGGUGGUUGCCUGACUAGCACUUGGCUGCUUCUCGUUGACACCAAUGUCUGGCUUGCGGUCUUUUGCACUCUCUUUGCACUUCGUUAUGUACGUCUUUUCGGCCACCUGGUCGGAUACUGGAGCUACCGCCCUUCCCCUGUCCAGCCUGAUCCUUCUUUCACCCGCAAGGACGUCACUGUCAUCCUCCCAACGAUCGACCCCAACGGCCCCGACUUCCAAGAGUGCAUUCGCAGCAUUUUGGCUAACGGAGUUGCCAGCAUCAUCGUCAUUACCGUCGGCGCUGAACUCAAGGCUGAAUGUCGCCGUGUCCUUGGGGCUCUGGCUCUAGACGCUGGAGCGACCUCUCUCUGCGUUUCUGCUAUUGACAAGCCCAGCAAGCGCCGCCAGAUCAACCACGCCAUCCCUCACAUUACUACUGCCAUCACCAUCCUGGCCGACGACCAUGUAUUUUUCCCUACCGCCAACUUCAUCCCCGCCGUUCUUGCGCCUUUUGACAAUGAAAAGGUUGGUGUCGUUGCUACCAAGAAGCGCGUUCGCCGAACUACCCCUGGUAAGUGGACUUGGCUUUCCAUUGUCAACUUUGUCGCUUGCAACUACCUUGAACGCCACAAUUGGGAGCUCCGUGCCUCUAACGCCAUUGAUGGCGGUGUAUUUGUCGUCUCUGGCCGCACUGCCGUGUACCGCACCGACCUUCUGACUGAUCAAGAGCUCCUCCGCGGCUUUUGCGAUGAAAAGUUCUUUUUGGGUCGUUUUGAGCUGAACCCCGACGACGACAAUUAUCUGACUAGGAACACAAUGGAGAAGGGCUGGCUGAUUCGAUUCCAAGACACUGAAGACGCGACAAUCGAGACGACCCUGGGCGAAUGGCCCAAGAUCAAUGGCCAACUCCUUCGCUGGGCUCGCACCACCUUUCGCAGCAACCCCAUCAUGCUCCGCAACCCAGACUUUCUCUACCGCUACACUUGGUCCGCUUUCCAGGUUUAUCUUGCCGGCAUGCUCAAUUUUGCCGCUCUCUGGGAUGUUCUCCUGAUUUUCACCCUGGUUCGUGCCUCGCAGGCUGCCCCGACCUUCCCUGCCGCUGUGGUCGUCAUCCUCAUCCUUUGGAUCAUUGCGACCAAGGCUAUCAAGCUCAUCCCUCAUUUUUUCCGCCACCCUGCUGACCUUCAACUUUUCGUCUUCCAGGUUCUGUUUGCCUAUGUUCAUAGCUUUUUCAAGCUGUGGGCCCUUGUCACUUUUUGGGACUGCGGCUGGUCUGGUCGUAACCUGGACGAUGUCAAUGGCGAUGAAAAUGACAAGAAUGUUCUGGCUUUUGAGGUUGUCGUUUAA